AUGUUUAGGAAUUUAAUUAAAUUAGGAGGCUGUUUGGGCUUGUUGAGUUCCUCAAAUAUUUUAUGCAAUUAAAUUAAAGGUAAAAACUCGGAGGACCAAUUACCUCAUUUUCAUUUUAUUAAUGAUCAUGAUUUACAAAAAUUACAAAAGAAACAUACAAAUUUGUAAAUUAUAGAUAGAAGCUACACAGAACACAUUCUAUCAGUGAUUCGAGACGUUGAAACAGAUAUCGUGGAUUUCAGAAAAAAUGCAGAUCGUUUAAUUAGAAUUCUGAUUGAAUAAGCUAUCUCAUAAAUUGAAAAAAAGAAACACGUUAAAUAGUCUCCAUUAGGAUAUUAUGAUGCUCAUGAGUUGAAAUUUUCAGAUGAGGAAAUAUGUUUUGUGAGUAUUCUAAGGUCAGGAAAUGCUUUUUUAAUUGAGGCUUUGAAGAUCAUGACAGGAGCAUCAAUUGGUUAAAUACUUAUUUAAAGAAAUGAGGAAACUUCUCAACCUUCAUAUUUUUUCUAAAAGUUGCCUAAAAACAUUAAGGAUUAAUAAGUCAUCCUGGUUGAUCCAAUGUUGGCCACAGGAGGUAGUGCUAGCAUGGCUUUGAAGAUUUUAAAAAAUCAUGGAGUCAAAGAAGAGAACAUCACAUUUUUAACGUUAGUUAGUUGUGAAUAAGGAUUAAGUAAAUUGUUUAGUGAGCAUCCUAAAAUCAAGAUUAUUACAGCUUAAGUUGAUCCAAUCUUAUUGUAAGAUAUCAACUACUUAGCUCCAGGAAUAGGUGAUUUUGGAGAUAGAUAUUUUGGGACUGUUAAAAGCAGUUAAGGUUAAUAAUGAUUAUUACAUAAAAACAGCAAAUUUAUCUGUGAAAUCCUGUUUAUAAAAAAA